UCCGCACGUUGCUUGUUCAUCAGUUAUCUGCUGUUAACGAUCAAGAUGAGAGUCUAUAGUCGGCUGUUGGCUACUGCCAGCAAUGCUGGUGCAUCGAAUUCCUUCCGCCCAACCCCAAUGGCACUUCUACCACCAAUUCCGCUUUACCGGCGACUACUACGAGCUCAUCGGAAGCUCCCGAAAGAAGAGCGCACGUUGGGAGACCUAUAUGUCAAGAAGGAGUUCCGUGCUCAUAAGGAUAUUGAUAAUCCAGUGCACAUAGUUGGAUUUCUUUCUGAGUGGCAGAUGUAUGCCCAGCAAUUAUCGGGUGAUGCCUGGAAAGAUGCGAAAAUGGACAGCGCCAAAGUUGAUAAGAUGAGCGACCAACAAAUUGGCCAGUUGUAUGAGCUAAUGACUGCUAUUCGCAAACAAGAGCUUGAUGACAAUGAGGCGGAGAAAGAAUCUGGCAACGAAAAAUGAAAUGUUUAGGCCUCUGUCUUCACAGCCUGGAUGGGAACACGCUUCCACGGCUACGCUCCAAGAAAACCUUCAAUGCUGGGUGUGACAUGAACAGCAUUCCGCCAGCUCCAUACGUGAAGCACCGCUGAAGCUCAACAUGGGGAACUACCAGCAAUCGUAUAUAACAUUCAA